AUGUCGAUGCAAAGUGCUCGAUACGAUGCAUUGCAGUCGACGCCGCCAGGACAUCGAACAUCUCGUCCCCCUGUCUCCAAGUAUAACGCCGUCGCGAACGGCAGCAGCGGCACGAAUCUAUUCGUCGCCGGACUACCUGAACAUCACGAUGGUAAUGCCACCAUGCCCGACCUAGGACCUGAUACUCACGAUCGCUCUCCGCAAACGAGAGGGAGUGCGUCGUCUUCGCGGAGGUCGAUGAUGCGAGACUACAAGAAGGAGAUCAUCUUGACCUGUCUGCUCCUGCUUCUUCCCCUUCCAUUAUCGGCCGUCUUGAUGUACUUGAUCUAUGCCAAUCUACAGCCUCGAAGCCAGGAUCUCGGCUUCCCCGAUAGCAUCACCGCGGAUAACACGGACCGACCGCUCAGCAAACAAGACUACUAUGUGAACUACUCGGCAACCCGGCUGGUAUUCAUCUCGUCCCUCUCCUCGACGUUGGCACUUGCUCUUGUCCCUGUGGCCAUGACUCUGUUUGCGUACAUGGCGGCCUUUACACUGCAGAAAGCAUCCAGGGCCCGAAAGAUGGCCCAUCUCCCGUCGCCAUUUCAAUUCGAGCUCACAAUCCGUCUGCUCGGCGGUAGCACCACGGACCUUUACCGAUACCUCAAGUAUAUGUUUCGACGAAGGCCGAAGAGGGUGGCUGCAGUGCCGAUGCUCAACAGUUCAGCAUUGGCGCUUCUACUCAUGCUCAUCCUCGCAGUGUGCAUAACGGUGGUUGACGCUCUUCUGCAUAUCGGCACUUCGACGGUCCAAUACCACAAUACCGUCGAGUACCUCGAGACGGCGUUCAAUCCGGGCCGUCGACUUUCGACUGACUGCUGGAAUGCCACCGCUGUCUCUGCCUUUGCUCCCUGUAAUGUCAACCCGGGCGGAUCUGGCGCGUCGGCGUCGUUUGCCAACUCGACCGAGGCAUACCUCACGCUUGGAAAUCAGUCCACACGCAACACCAUCCGUCUGGGCGACGAUGGCGAGACCGCCAUUCUGACGCCCGCCAGUGCUCCAUCCGGGGUGCAUUUCAGGGCGCAGAGCUACGCCUCCGCAACAACAUGUGAGCCAGCCACCAAACGGUGCAAGCCGCACUACAACGGUGACGGCUACUGCAACGCCUGUCAGAGCUGGGCGUACAAUUGCACUCCCGACGCGGCGGGGUUGCGAGUCUCCGGCAACUUUUCCGACAUUCGUGGUCAAUCGGGCCUCUUCCCCGUCCUUCUAGAGUUCUUCAACACAUCUUCGAAGGAAUUCAACACCUCCGUCGGCCCCGUCCACGGCCACGUGUGGUCGGCGGUACUGUUCUCCUUGCCGGCCGGCACCGACGAAGCCAUGCGUCAGGACGGCGAAGACUCGCCAACCAUCGACGGCAUGUAUUACGACCCGACCAAGGAUCUGGUCGCCGACACGUACGGAAACAUCUACGGCAUCCUCUCGUGCACCACGCUGCUAUCGGAAGUGACAUACUCGGUGCGGAUGGACGGGAGCAUACACGACGCCGUGACCACGCCCAUGAACGACACGGCGAGUUCGCCCUUCUACUUCCCUCUCACGUACGGCUUCGGAAGGGACAAUCUUGGCACGGGAAUCAACCUGGCCGCCGCGUCGGCAGGGAGCCCCCACGACCUGGCGUACCAAGUCAGCAGAGUGCUCGACCGCACGAUCCUGGGCUUGACGGCCGGGUCUCUCCCGGAUCGGCAGGCUGUUGGGGCGUUCCUGACCCAAACGAGGCAGGUCGCCAAGGUGCCCAUCGCCGAGUUCGUGGCGUUGAUUGUGCUGAAUCUGGUGCUGCCUGUGGUUGGUAUCGUGCUGGGGGUGUGGGCGUGGGUUCUGUGCGAGAGACAUGGCGUGCGGGAUGUGCAGGCGCGGUUGGGCAUCGGGGCAUUGGUGGCGGCAUUAUUUGAGGAUCAGAGGUUCAAUGCCACGGCGACCAAGAUGGAGCAAUUGUAUGCGGAGGCGCGGAGCUUGCCGACAGCGAGGGUGGUAGUGGAUACGAGAACGAGGGAGAAGGGAGGAGGGAAGGUGCUCGUGGCUGUCGCCGAAGACGGUGGCUGUGAUGGUGACGGCAGCGAGACGUACAGAUAG